ACUAAUUUUCAGCGAGGAAUCAUUCGAAAUGCCCAACGUAGGCAAGAGCAGCGGCAAGAAGCCGGCCGGCAAGACCACCCGCAGCGCCAUCGCUGACGUCGUCGCGCGCGAAUACACGAUCCACCUGCACAAGCGAGUUCAUGGCGUUUCUUUUAAGAAGAGGGCCCCAAGGGCUAUCAAGGAGAUCCGAAACUUCGCUGAGAAGGCUAUGGGCACCAAGGACGUCCGCCUAGACCCCCAGCUCAACAAGAAGGUCUGGGAAUCCGGCAUCAAGGGCGUUCCCUUCCGUCUGCGCGUCCGCAUCUCCCGCAAGCGAAACGAUGAGGAGGGCGCCAAGGAGAAGCUGUACUCGUACGUUCAGGCCGUCAACGUCAAGGACCCCAAGGGUCUGCAGACCACCAUUGUCGAGGAUUGAUAAGCGCUUGGAGCGAAUGGGGACAGAGUCGAGAACUGGUGCAUGCAUGGAAAAGGA